AUGGGUGAACAGGCACUUUCCCCUGUGGUGCCGGUGACAAGGGCCCCCCAGGGAGAGAAGAACAGCAGGAGGGCUUUUGAUGAGAAGGCUUAUCUGUCCUCAAAGCUGCUGAAGGCUGGAGAAGACCCCUACCGCCAGCAUGCUUUUAAUCAGCUAGAGAGUGACAAACUCAGCAGCGACCGGCCCAUACGGGACACCAGGCACUACAGGUGCACCUCUGUACGCUAUGAUGCAGACCUGCCAGCUACCAGCCUCAUCAUCACCUUCCACAAUGAGGCCCGCUCUGCACUGCUCCGCACGGUGAAGAGUGUCCUGAACCGCACCCCUCCCAACCUCAUCCAGGAAAUUAUUUUGGUAGAUGACUUCAGCUCAGAUCCUGAGGACUGUCAGCUCCUUACCAAGAUCCCCAAGGUCAAGUGUCUACGAAACAUCCGUCGAGAAGGGCUGAUUCGUUCUCGGGUGCGAGGAGCUGAAGUGGCCACUGCUGACAUCCUCACCUUCUUAGACAGUCACUGUGAAGUCAACAGUGAGUGGCUGCAGCCCAUGCUUCAGAGAGUGAAAGAGGAUUAUACCCGAGUGGUGAGUCCAAUCAUUGAUGUUAUCAGCCUGGAUAACUUUGCCUACCUGGCAGCAUCAGCAGAUCUGAGGGGAGGAUUUGAUUGGAGCCUUCACUUUAAGUGGGAGCAGAUUCCUAUAGAGCAGAAGAUGUCCAGAACAGACCCAACUCAGUCUAUAAGAACCCCUGUCAUAGCAGGAGGCAUCUUUGUGAUUAACAAAUCCUGGUUUAACCACCUGGGAAAAUAUGAUACUCAAAUGGACAUCUGGGGAGGAGAAAAUUUUGAGCUCUCUUUCCGAGUGUGGAUGUGUGGUGGCAGCUUGGAGAUUGUUCCCUGCAGUCGCGUGGGACAUGUGUUCAGGAAACGCCAUCCCUAUGACUUCCCUGAAGGCAAUGCACUAACUUACAUCAAGAACACUAAGCGCACAGCGGAGGUGUGGAUGGAUGAAUACAAGCAGUAUUACUAUGAAGCCCGGCCAUCAGCCAUUGGCAAGUCAUAUGGAAGUAUUGCAGACCGAGUGGAGCAGCGCCGCAAACUGAACUGUAAAUCCUUCCAGUGGUAUCUGGAGAAGGUUUAUCCUGAGCUGAAGGUUCCUGAGAAAGACUUGAUUCCAGGAAUAAUUAGACAAGGAGGAAACUGUCUGGAGUCUUGGGCACAGGAUACCACAGGGAAUACGUUGGCUGGCAUCGGAAACUGUAAAGGGACAGUGAACAAUCCACCCGUCACUCAGGAGUGGGCAUUCAGUGACCCUCUAAUUAGACAGCAGGACAAGUGUCUUUCCAUUACUUCCUUUUCUACCGGCUCUCAAAUCACACUGGAAGCCUGCAAUCAAAAAGAUGGCAGACAGAAGUGGAAGAUGAAAGGCAGUUUCAUUCAACACUUUGUCAGCGGUCUCUGCCUGGAAAACCAGACUGGGAGAGUGGUGACCAACCCUUGCCAAGCAGAUGUACCCGGCCAACAGUGGGAGCUGCUGCAAGCAACAUGAUGGUAGCACAGAGAUCUCCUUGUUUCUUUGUGCAUGAGACUUUGGGAACAAAGAGGAAUGGUUUUGUUUGUCUGACACUAAAUGUUUUCAUUGUGCCCAUCAGCAAGCCACCAUUUCAGCUGAGCACUUGGUGUUUUUGAGCUUUCAGAGAAGAAGCUGUGGGUGAGAGCGGAAUGAGGAGAGUUGUUGAAAUCAGCCAUCUGUUGUUUUAAGUUCUCCUUUGCAGCUGAUGUCCAUACACAACAGCACCCAGAGAGGGGAGAGCACCUAGCCUCUAAUACUCCAAGCGACCAGAACUACCUUGCAGCUCUCCCCCUUUCCAGUCCUUUCUCUGCAUCCAGACUCCAUGACCCUCAGUGCAACAGCUUGGACAAUGCUUGUACAAACAUGGGUAGCUCUUUGUCUUCCCUAGCAUUUCACUUUAAUGUCAUGCAUCAUUCAUGCAUGUGUGCUGGUGUGCUGCAGUGAAGACUGGCCCGAAGAUAAGCCAAUGUGAUAAGCGGAGGUGCGGGGCCUGAGGGAGGUUUGUAACAUGUCAGUGGGAGGCCCGCACCUUCCUCUACCAUUAGCAGCUGCCCUUCAGCCAGAUGGACUGAGCUUGGGAAAUGGGAUAUAAGGCUGACCAACCAGGUGGAAAAGGGCCAGCUUGUUUUAGCAGCAUAACCAGGGAUUCUGGAGGGCACUAUUCCCUGCUGAAUUCCUGCUUCCAGUUUUCUAUGGGUGGUAGACCAGCCCUGCCUCUCUGAGCCCAGCAGGACCUGGGUUUGGGGCACCAUGCUCCUGGGGAGCUGCCCCUUGGUGGUCAGUGUGUACUGGUGCUCUGGGAUACUAGGCAAGCCAGGGCUGUUCGCUGACUGCUUUUUCUGCCCACAGUACCUCACACCAAAGGCAGUGUGUAGUCCUUGUGGGAAUGAUCCAGUAUGACAAGCCAUCCAGCCCCUUUGUCUGCUUGCUUUUUCCCCUCUAUCUGAAAGAGGAGCUGAAAAGACCCAGAGCUGAUCCACUUGCAAGGCCUGGCUUCCCUUCCAGGAGGUACCCUGGGGGAGUUGGUUGGUGAAGCUGAAACUGCUCCAGCACAAAUACUGCCACAGUAUAAGUCUGCCCUGUGAAGUGUCUCCUCUGUAUGCUGUAAAUACUGAUGGCAGUGGUGUCUCUAGCUCGCAUCCCAGCCCUGUUCCCAGUUACCACUCAGCUGGGAUGCCUAUCAAUGCAAAGAAAGGGACACAAAUAAAUAAAUCUCCACAACAUUG